AAAGGUGGUGUUUGAGGGUGACGUUUUUGGUAUGUGGAAAAAGAAGCAGAGUGAUGCCUCUUCACUGUUUUCACAUCUCUUGUUUAAGACAGGAUUGCGCACCUGGUCACACCAGCCAGGUAACUUCUGACUUCACCAGUAAAGAGCAGGUGAACUAGUGAGCUUGCUUCUUAAAAGGAAAAGUUACGGAUUGUUUCUGCGAUGUGACCGAAUUAAAAACAGGGAAAACAACAAGCAUGACUUUUAGCAGCUGGAAGAAGCUUUGUUAACAGGGGAACUCUUAACAGCGCCACAGCUACUGACUGAAAAGAGAGACAACUGGAUUUAAAAAUGUCUGGCCCCGGUGGUUUAGUGUCAGAAUUAAUUGAAGAUGUGGCACUUUCACCUGAUGGACCAACUGCAGAGCCAGAAAUAGCUGGAAGUAAAAAGCCACAAGAGAGUAGCAGUGUUGAGGAAAGAAACAAGAUUAAAGAUGAUGAAGAUGAAGAAAAGGUGUUGAAAGAGAAGGAAAAUCAAGAAGAGAACGAGGAAAUGACCAGCUCUGCUCUACUGGAGCCGAGCACGUUACCAUGGCCUGGAGACAAAGAGAAGAGGCCUCAGACGGACGACGAUGACGUCUGUUCAGAGUCUGAAGAGAGGGACACAGGGAUCAGCGGAGGAAGCCAAGACCUGUCCGAGAGUCAGACAGAGAGCGACAGAAAGAGCAAAGACAGGUGGAGGGAGAGCAUGCCCGAGGGAGAGAGGUGGAGGGAUGAUGAGAUCGUGGUGCAGCGAGACCAUAAAGGGGACAGCUCACUGGCAGAUGACGAAGAGGAAGAGGAGGAUGUUGAAGAUGGAGAGUCGAAUUGGAUCUCCAAGAAAACUGCUCUGGGUUUCACUCCACAAGUCACAAUCGUGCGUCCGUCCAGCAAAGAGCUUCCUGAGGAGAGCCGGCUCUUCAUAGAGAAGGACGUUGAGAAGGAGCCGCAGGUGGAGUCCGACUCAGCCUCGCAGUUCUACCCAGAGUGGACGGAGCAGACGACAAGCUCUCAUCUGUGUGGUGCAAAACUGAGGCUGGCUCUAGCGACGGCAGCUGCAGGGCUCCUCUUUCCUCUCCUGGUGUGGGGAGGUUACAGACUCCUUCCCUUUGACUCACCGCUGCUGGAGAGCGCUCCCCUCAGGGUGGUGUACACACUGCGCUGCUCCUUCUUCGCCAGCAUCCCCAUCCUGCUCGGUGUGGUGGUGCAGGGCGUGGCCCGGCUGCGUUACAGUGCGCUGAAGCCGCUCUAUCAGAGUCAACUGGUGCACAGAGAGGUCGCCGUGCACUGGCACUACGUGAACGAAUCACUGGCCCUCUUCCUCUUCUACUUCCUCCAGCUCGCUGUCAUGGCAACCUACAUCAGCCAGGAGCUGGUCAAACUGGUGCCGCUGCUCACCAUCAUGUUUGUUUUUGGCAGGCUGAUCUACUGGCUCUGCCUCUCUCUGGGCAGCAGCAUCAGAGGCCUCGGCUUCGGCUUCUCCUUCUUCCCCAUACUGGUCAUGCUGGGCGCCAACUUCUACUACGUCUGCUCGUCAGUCGGGCAAGGGGCGGUUUUUGACGUGGAACCACCCACGACGGCUCCUCCUCCUCCCAGUCGGCGUUGGUGGGGUUAAAGGCCGAUGUCCAUAAGACGGUGAGGUGCUAAGAGACAAACAACUGCAAACACCUGAAACAACAUGACUAAAUAACACUCAGACAGAAAACCUGCACCAGUCUUUUAGGUGUCUUUUUUCUAAAGUUGCAAUCCUUAAGAUUUCAGUCCUGGUUUGGUGACACCUGUGGUUACUGAUGGUAACAGGGAAUGCGAUUUAAUACUGCAGCAAACACUCCUUGAAUAGGGUUGUCAGAAACACAGCAGAAGAGGAACAGGUGUAUCAGUUUAGAGAGCAGCGAAACAAACUCAUGUUGUUUUAACAAAGACGCCAGAUAAUCUAAACUGAUCAGAUCUAAACCGUCUGAUUUAAUUAGAAACGUACAAUCUGCUGCCGACAAAUAACUGCGGGAAAAAUGAGUCAUCGUGUUUUGUAGUUGGAUUUAUGAUUAACACGUUGUUUUUGUUUCCCGCGCCUUCACAAUAAAAGCCACCCCGUGUUUUGCUAGUUGAAUGCUUUUAAUUUGAAGCAGCAGUAGGAAAGCAGCGACUUAAUACUUGAUCUGGAACAGUGAGUGAACACUUAUCAGAAAGAUAAAAUUAUGCUGGAUUAUAGACAUACGUUUCCUGUGACUCACUUGUGCUUAUGAACUAAAAAAUUGGAAAUUGCUGUAAAAAUCCUGACCACAAAUGGGAUCAAAAUGGGGUUUGAUUUCAUGAAAAUCUUAAGGAUUACAACUUCUGUAUAUGAUAAUAUCUCUGUCCACAAAGAAAUUAUUGAUAUGAACCAGGCUGGGAGGGAAUUUGAAGCUCAGAUAUUAGACUCUGUAUGUUUUGUUUUUUGUUUGUUUUAAGGCGAAUAUAUAACAAUAUUCACAUUGUAAUUACAAAGGAAGUUUACAUGUAAAUUCUAAAACUCUAGAGAGAUGUGGCCUGAACAGUGUGUGUUUACUUAUUUUGUACCAUAUUUCUUCCAUUACAAAACUUAAACAGCCUCUUAACUCCCUCUUGUCUUGAGCUGAUGAAAUCCAGUUUCAAUUCGAGGCAUCCAGUGUUUGGAUGUGAUGCAGCAAAAUACGGACAUGCAAAAAUAAACAUGUGAAACCUGAAAACUGUCAGUUAUAGGCACUCAAUCUAAAGAGCUGGAUAUCAAAAGUAAAUAUUUAAGUUGUUUUAUGAAUUCUUUAAUUUUAUUUUGUUAGGACACAGCUGGUACUAAUCUUUAAACUAUAUAUUUAUAACAGAGACUGUUAAAUACAUCUUUGUUUUACUGAUCGAAGGCUUUUCUUUGUAGCAACAUAAGUUGCUGGGCUAUUUUUGGAUAGUCUCUUUUCAGCUUGUUGAAGGAUCCUCAUUAUAUGAAUGAAUGUGCAUUUAAAGUAAAUAUGAUCAAUAUUUGGGAUGACUUGACUGAGUAAAAUAAAGCUUCAUUAUAAAAUAUGA